UGUAUAUAUAUAUUGUUUUUUUUUUUUUUUUUUGAAUAAUUGGAAAAAAAAUAGAGAAGGGGAAAUAGAAAAGAGGUGCGUGCAAUGCACCGAAUAAUUUGACGUGCGCAUUCAAAUCCGCCCACGAAGGCAGACACGUCGACAUCCCUGUGGGGCCAUGUCAUCUUCUCUCUCAUGCCCGAUUUCCCUACUUUCUAUCUGCCCGAAUUGUUUGGUCCAAUUCUGAUUUGGCGCCCCGGGCCACGGUCAGCUGACACGACCGGCAGUUUGCUCUCUGCCCGUUUCCCCGGGCAGCUACGCUUAACUUUUGCCCAGUCUUUGAUUCCAUUGGAAAAUGUAAAUAAAUUAAUAUAAAGAAAAAAAAAAAAAAGAAAGAAAGAAAAGAAAAAGGAAGAGAGAGAGAGAGAGAAUUGAUAUUUUGGAAAAUAAUUUUCUUUUUUUUUUCAUCUUUUUUUAUUUUUAAUUUUCUCCGGCAUGAAAUUUAUAACUCUACCAGCUUAAAACUAAUCUGGAUGUUCUUCUUCAUGUUGGAAACCCAUCUUGGGGAUAAUCUGUAUCUUUGGGGGAAGAGAUUUGUGAGUUGAGCUGCGAAAGACUUGGGAUAACGUUAUUAUUUUUUUUUUUUUUAUGGAAGAGAAGACUUCUUUAUGAGCUCAUUCUCAAGUUGAUUCAUUUGUUUUUGCUUUUUGAAGGGUUUUUUUUUUUUUCUUUUUCUUCUUUUUUUUUUUUCCUUUUGGAAUUCAUCGAUUUUUAUACGAUCUGGUAAUCUUCUUCUCAACUGGGUCUCAACUGGGUGUAUUCUUCUUUUUUGCCCUAAGUGAGAGCUGGAAAAUUUCGGUGAUCUUUCGGUAGGUUUUUACUUGUGGUGUUACGAGGAGAAGUUUUAACUAGCUGGGGUUGAAGUAGCGACUCGGGGGAGGUGAGGCACUGGAUGGUGUUUCGGAUUCGAGGAGUUUUGAGAUUAUCUGUGUUCUUCUGGGUACUUAAGGCAUGGAGGUAAUUGCUGAAGAUGGGAAAGUUGAGUCUCGGGAAGUUAGGGAAUCGAAGGGGAAGAAGAAGCAGAAAAACAACAAGGAACAAGUUGAAACCGUGGAAGAGGAGACUGGUUGUUGGAUUGCUCUGAGGAUUUUUGGUAGCUGCAUUUCUUCGAGAUCCAAAGUUGAUAGUUCGAUAAGUGGGACUAGUAUCAACUAUGCUGAAAGCAAGUCUACGGCUGAUUCAAGUAGAGACCAACCAACUCCUCGAGAGAUAUCUUCAACAAACACAAGUAUGAGUAAUGGAGAGAGUAAUUCAUCGACUUCCAAACUAGAAGAGGAACUUAAAAUUUCUCCUCAUCUACGGAAAUUUUCAUUUAAUGAUCUUAAGUUGGCUACAAGGAACUUCAGACCCGAGAGUCUUCUUGGUGAGGGUGGUUUUGGUUGUGUUUUUAAGGGUUGGGUUGAAGAAAACGGAACUGCUCCAGUUAAACCUGGCACAGGACUCACUGUUGCUGUUAAAACCCUCAACCAUGAUGGUCUUCAGGGACACAAAGAAUGGAUGGCUGAAGUUAAUUUUCUCAGUGAUCUCAAACAUCCCAACUUGGUCAGACUUAUUGGUUACUGCAAUGAAGAUGAUCAAAGAUUGCUUGUAUAUGAGUUCAUGCCUAGAGGAAGCCUAGAGAAUCAUCUUUUCCGGAGAUCUCUACCACUUCCGUGGUCUAUUAGGAUGAAAAUUGCACUUGGUGCUGCCAAGGGUCUUGCUUUUCUUCAUGAGGAAGCAAAAAGACCUGUGAUAUAUCGUGAUUUUAAAACAUCCAACAUUCUAUUAGAUGCCGAAUACAAUGCCAAGCUUUCUGACUUUGGACUUGCAAAAGAUGGACCCGAUGGAGAUAAAACCCAUGUCUCUACUCGGGUGAUGGGAACAUAUGGCUAUGCAGCUCCAGAAUACGUUAUGACUGGACAUCUUACAUCAAGGAGUGAUGUUUACAGUUUUGGGGUGGUUCUUCUCGAAAUGUUAACUGGCAGAAGAUCCAUGGAUAAAAACCGUCCAAAUGGUGAACAUAACCUUGUGGAAUGGGCACGGCCAUACCUAGGAGAGAAAAAGAGAUUCUAUCGCUUGAUAGACCCUAGGCUUGAGGGUCAUUUCUCAAUAAAAGGUGCUCAAAAAGCAGUACAAUUAGCUGCUCAAUGCCUUAGCCGAGAUCAAAAGGUCAGACCCUUGAUGAGUGAAGUUGUUGAAGCUUUGAAGCCUCUCCCAAACCUCAAGGACAUGGCAAGUUCAUCUUAUUAUUUUCAGACAAUGCAAGCUGACCGUGUAAGAUCCAGCCCCAUGGCGAGAAAUGGCUACCACACAGCGGCUGGACCAGCUCCAAAGAACGGGCAGCAACUACGCAGCUAUUCAAUCGCCAAUGGUUCUCAUGCUUCUCCAUAUCAUCAUCAGCAACCCCAUCCAUCUCCAAAACCCAAUGUCAAAGCCUAAGAAUUGGGUUGUUUGGUAAUUAAUUAGUAAUUAUCUAGUUGUGUUAACCCAUCUCAUUUUGUCGUCAAAUAGAUCUCCCCCUUCUACCUCAGUAUAGAUAGAUGUUUAUUUUGCAAAACAGCAUUUGCUGGUGGAUCAUUGAAAAAUGCUACAGGCAGAGAUGUCUGCAUUAUCAUCAUCUUGUUAAAAUGGGAAACCUGGCAGAAAGAGUGUACGAUAGCAGAUGAAUUUUGUUCAUCGAUUUUCAAUGUCAUAUUGUUUUGGGAAAGAACAGACAAAUCUCAA